ACGUAAGACUAAUGGGACUAGUGUGGAUAAAACGAAGUACUAGUAUCAAAUUAAACUUGUAGCAAUGGCAUGUCCGUAUAUCUCACAUAAACCCUAGAAUUAGAAGAAAUGUUGAGAAGAAGAAUCAUUUCGCUGCUAUCUUCUUCCCUCCAAAAUGCUCCUAUCUCCAUCAAGAUUCCCCAACCCAUUUCCAUAUCUUUACAAAAGUUUCCAUUUUUGCAAUUUUGUGAACGACCCAUCACCACCAUUUCUCCUCCUAGUGGAUCAUUGGGUUGGCAGUUUCAAAGAGCCUACAGUCUUCUGAGCCUAAAUGAUUUGCAAGAUAACAAGGGUGCUAGGAAGCAGAAGACUCGAAAGGGUAGAGGUAUUGGGUCCGGUAAAGGAAAGACUGCGGGUCGAGGACAUAAGGGUCAGAAAGCUAGAGGCACUUAUAAGUUUGGGUUUGAAGGUGGACAGACUCCGCUUCGUCGCCGCGUCCCUAAACGUGGAUUUAAGAACCCAUUCAGUCUAACAUUUCAGCCAGUUGGGUUGGGAAAAAUUGCAAAGUUGAUAAAUGCUGGGAAGAUUGACUCAUCAGAGUUGAUCACAAUGAAAACUCUGAAGGAUGCUGGUGCAAUAGGCAAGCAAAUAGAAGAUGGAGCCAGGUUGAUGGGGCGUGGAGCUGAACAUAUUCAAUGGCCCAUCCAUCUAGAGGUCUCAAGGGUGACCGCUAGAGCUAAAGCAGCUGUAGAAGCAGCGGGUGGGUCUGUAAGGAGAGUGCAUUACAACAAACUUGGGUUGCGGGCGCUACUGAAGCCUGAGUGGUUCGAGAAAAAGGGCAGGUUGCUCCCAAGACCAGCAAGGCCUCCACCAAAACUGAAGGAUAAGGUGGAUAGCAUCGGGCGGUUGCCUGCCCCAACCAAGCCUCUUACAACUGAAGAUGCUGACUCCAUGUCCGCUGCCCCAGCUUGAUAGUGACUAGCUUUCUUCAUGUUUUAUAGAUCUGGGUUCCAUUGCAGUGGAGCAGUUUUUGGCUUAAUGUAGCUUGCCCGAUAGCCUUAACACUUCACCAAUUGCCAUAGAUAUUCAGAAAUAAGAUCUUUCACUUGCUGAAGUUUUUGAGUGACCUAAAUUUUUCAUUCAAGGGUGUAUUCAUAGGUAUAUCUGGACUAUAACUUUUGCUUCUUUAAAUUGAAAAUGAGUCUUAAUAUUUCAUUCUAAACCCAAGCAUAUGAAGAUGCAACUUUUUUCUA